GAGAGAGAGAGAGAGAGGGAGAGAGGUAGAGGAGGAGGUGGCGGUCGUGGUGAUGGUGUGAUGGUGGGGGGAGUCUACCGUGGCGGAAAUCGGGACGACAUGAGCUCGCCGUGAAAAAUGCUUUAAAAAGCCGAUCUCCCCCCCCCUUCCUCUCUCUUUACUUCACCUUUUUUAAUUACAAAGUGCUUCAUUUCCCGCCGCUUGGCCGCUCUGUUUUUGGUUUUUUGAGGUGAAACGAAGACGAGCAGAAGCUACACUUGACGUGCUCCAGGUAUGAAGAUGAUGAUGAUGAUGACGAUGAUGAUGUCGUACAUUGAUGAGGUGUGACUGAAGGGGGGCCAGAAUGCCGGAGCAAAGCAACGACUACCGGGUGGUGGUGUUCGGGGCAGGGGGAGUUGGGAAGAGCUCACUGGUGUUGCGCUUCGUCAAGGGGACCUUCAGGGACACAUACAUUCCCACCGUGGAGGACACGUACCGCCAGGUGAUCAGCUGCGACAAGAGCGUGUGCACGCUGCAGAUCACCGACACCACCGGGAGCCACCAGUUCCCCGCCAUGCAGCGCUUGUCCAUCUCCAAAGGCCACGCCUUCAUCCUGGUCUACUCCAUCACGAGCAAGCAGUCCCUGGAGGAGCUGAAGCCCAUCUACCAACAGGUCCUGGCCAUCAAGGGCAACGUGGAGGCCAUCCCCAUCAUGCUGGUGGGCAACAAGAGCGACGAAACCCAGCGCGAGGUGGAGACCAAGGACGGCGAGGCCCAGGCCAACCAGUGGAAGUGCGCCUUCAUGGAGACCUCGGCCAAGACCAACCACAACGUCACCGAGCUCUUCCAGGAGCUCCUCAACCUGGACAAGAAGCGCAACAUGAGCCUCAACAUCGACGGCAAGCGCUCAGGGAAGCAGUCGCGUGCCGAGAGACUGAAGGGCAAGUGCAGCAUCAUGUAGGCGGCGGGCCGGGCGAGGGCGAGGGCGAGAGGAAGAAGGAAGCGAGAGAGGAAGACUGAACAGGAAUCCCGUCAUUCACAUCCUUCCCAAGCAUGACUCAGCUGCAGAGAGGAGGCUGGUCGCCGUGGUGAUGAAAGGCUAGGAUCUAGGAUGCACGCAGGAAGGGAAAAAAAAGACACAGACUCGACUCGCUCUCCCCCUCGGCGUUCCUUUUGGGAAAUACAGACGGAACCUCCCUCGUCCUGACCGCAUCUCUUUUGUCAUAACACAUGUGGAAGACGUUUAUACAAAGUGUCAAAGAGCUCCUUUGUCCUCUGAGGUUUGAGAGCAUGAACGCCACACGGCAUCGGAAAGGAAGCUCCUGAGGAUGUAAAUAAACCACAACUCAUCCCCACUCAUCUCACCUUCACCAGAUUCCCACAAUGAAAAACAGGCGCCCCAGCCUCAAUGUCAUACGACAAACAACAAAGAUCCUUCAUCAAUAGCCCCCAAAAGUGGUAACACACACACACACACACAUACCAUGACGCAACAAUCCUUUUAAAGACUCUCUGAAGGCCACAUUGGGGGAGGGGGGGGCGCUCUGGCCUUGCUUGCUUGCUUGUUCGUUUGAGAGGAUGAUCCUCUCUUCUGAUUAUUAUUAUUAUUAUUAUUGCCAAGCCGGUGAGACUCAAAGGAUGUGGAUUUCUGGUUGGGAGGUUCAAGAAUGUCUGUUUUUUGCGGGGAAGUUUAUUUUGUUGGAUUGCCUUCUUUUCGAUGCUUUUUGGGUUUAUGUAAAGCAGGGGUGUCCAAACUUUUUCCAUAUGGGUGGAGUGGGGGGUGGGGGGGCAGCACCUGCUGCUCGUUGAGAAGAGCAAUACAUGCUUUCAUGUUAAGAUUCUCCAAAAGAGUCCAAUAAAACCAGAGUACAUUUAUCCUUCCUGCUACAUCUUCUUAUUCUCUAGCAGAACAGGUGUGUUACGACGCAAAGUUGGAACCACCAGCUACAUUCAGUCCUAUUAUAAUGUGUUUAUUAAUACUGCUACAUAUUCACUGUACGCAGAGUGAAAUAUCUCAACAGUGCUUUUCUUCAUAUUUUGAAUGAUUUUGCUUACAACUAAUAAAAUGUCCUCAGUCAUUAUAUCAUAAAAUGUGUUAGUGGUCAAAAAGUUAGCUAUUGUAAACUACCAGUGUCUGCAAAACCAUCCUUUAAGCCUGUAAUUGCUCUCUUAGUCUGAAUUUAAAUGACUUGUGCAACAUAUUCUCAUUUAUUGACAUGCACCAGUACGCCAAGAAAACCUUUACAUACAUUACAUAAACCUUUACUUACAUACAAGUUUGUAUUUGUGUUAUAAGUGACAUAGCAAAUUAGAGCGAUAGCAAACGAGCUCCGGGUUAGAAGAGCCAAACUUUGGACACCCCUGCUGUAAACUCCAAACACACUCUGAAAAAGCACACGAGUCUAACAAAAAAAAAGAAAUGUAUUUUUUUGUGCAACCUGAUUCUGUACUGUUUUGGUUUUUUUGGUGCCCCUCCCAUCCAAGUAUCUCAGCAUGCACUCAAAUGACCCGCAUCCACAUGCCCUCACAUUGCACUUUAUUACAUAAACACACACUCAUAUUAAAACAUCAAUACCGUCCAUUCACCACUUUUUGGCACAGGAUUCUGCACGUUGUUCUCACAGAAGGGCAGUCCAAAGCACAAUACUUUUUUACCGAUUUGUACCUUUCUUUUUCUUGGUUUUCCCCACUUCCUUAGUCUCCAUUCCUGAGGAACAAUCACCAUCAUAGGUCUCCCUCCCGCCACAUGGCACAAUGAGGUUGUUUUCUGCUGAGCAACAGGGUAUACAUACUAUAAAAGAGAGAGCGGACGGAUGGGCUUGCAGGAUCAUCUCACAUACACACACACACACACACACACAAAC